AUGUCAAUACUUCGGAGAGAAGGAGCAUUAAGGGUUAGUCGAUAUACAUUAAAGAAUGUACCUCUUGCGAUUGUCACCCCAAUCAACCAACAACUGAUGGUGAUGGUGAUGAGACGGGAUUUGGAUGCAACCCACCAAUCAAGUUUGAUAAUCAACCCACAGAUACCACGGCUACUUUCGAAUCCACAAUAUAUAAAUUUCAGUCAAUAUCGUAUAUUAAGAAACGAGCAUAAAGAGAUUGAUAAAAAGGAACUUGAACGUAAAAUUAAUGUCAAUAAAGUGGUUGAUCAAUUAAGAGAAUAUGUACCUGAUAUAUUAGAAACAUCAUUACCCAAAUCAAUUAUUUCUAAAGAUAUAUAUUUAAGAAUAUGUCCUUCUCAAUUUGAUGAAAAUUAUUUACCCAAAUUGAAUGGACUCGUCACAUAUUAUACUACUUGUAAAGCCAUCCAAUUAUUUUUAACUUCAGUAAUGUUGAGUCCAAAAGUUAAAUUACAUAUACAAUCAAUCCGAGUUUCACAUGGACCAGAUCCACAAUGUAUGUUUAAUGAUACCACAAAAAUAUUCUUACGAUGGUCUACAUGUCCGGAUGGAUGUUCUCAUUUGGAUGCCCAAGGUACAUCACAAGCACAUUUGGGUACUCAUAAAUGGUCAGAAGAAGAUACUAAAAAAAUAUUUGAUAAUCAUAAAAGUUUAUCUACUUUGGUAUCAAAACUACCUGGAACAAUAAUGGGAUUAACAAAAGAACCGAAAAAGUUGGAAAGAGUGAUUUCAGGAUUAUUUAUAUUUGAAUUAAAUGAAGAUAAUUCAAAAAUAUUGGUUCAUACUAUUGAAAAUAUGGAAAUUAUUGAACGAUUUGAACCUGAAACACAACCAAAUGUCAAUGCUUUAAGAGUUUGUUGA